UCCAAGUACUUGGUCCUUGCUAUAUUGUGGCUACAGCCCAGAAAAAUAAGCCUCCAUAGUGCCCGCUCUCGUGCAUGUUUAUGACAUCCCUCAUUUACUUGGCUAGAGCCUGGAGUUGCUAAACUGGCCUCCUUUUGCAUCGGGCAUAGAACGAGUUACCCACAGCAACACUAUGCAAAGAGGAGUCCAGUUCAUGGGUCCACAUUACAUCUUGUGUACUACAUCAUUAUCCUCCUCGUAACUCACGCUCGUACGAUCUCUGAACGAACUCUUCUGUCCGAACGAAAGAAAGUAAAAAUGGAAGAAAAGAGUAGAAUUUUGAUAAUCGGAGUGACUGGUAAUCUAGGGUUUAAAUUGGCGGAAGCAAGUCUAAAAUCAGGACACCCUACAUUCGCACUAGUUCGAGAAUCAUCCUACUCUGUUCCUGAAAAAGCACAAAAACUACAACUUCUUGCAAAUUCCGGAGCUUCACUCCUCAAUGGUUCUCUUGAAGAUAUAUCGAGUUUAAUUGAAGCACUGAAACAAGUGGAUGUAGUGAUUUGUGCUGUUUCAUCAAAGCAAGUUCUUCAUCAGAAGCUUCUCAUUCAGGCAAUUAAACAAUCUGGAUGUAUCAAGAGGUUUAUUCCAUCCGAAUUCGGAUCAGAUCCUGACAAGGUGCGUAUCUCCUCUAUGGAUCACGGUUUUUAUUCAAGUAAAGCUGAAAUACGGCGUACCAUAGAAGCUGAAGAAAUUCCUCACACCUUCGUCUCUUGCAACUACUUCACUAGCUAUUUUCUUCCAUCACUAGUCCAGCCAGGUUUAAAAAGCCCUCCCAGGGACAAAGUCAGGAUCUUUGGCGAUGGAAAUACUAAAGCUGUUUUUAUGAAGGAAACUGACGUGGCGACCUUCACUAUAAGCACGGUAGACGAUCCGAGAAGUUUGAAUAAGACAUUGUAUUUGAGACCUGAUGGAAAUGUUUACUCCAUGAAUGAGCUAGUGGGGAUUUGGGAGACUAAGAUAGGAAAGAAGCUCGACAAGGUUUACAUUCCUGAAGAAGAGGUUCUCAAGAUCAUACAAGAUUCUAAUUACCCAGACAACAUGGAGAUGGUUUUCAUAUACUCAGCUUUCGUAAAGGGUGAUCAUACUUACUUCAAUAUCGAGUCGUCCGGCGUUGAUGGCACUAAACUCUAUCCUCAUGUGAAGUAUACUACAAUCAGUGAGCAUUUAGAUACCCUCUUAUAGUCCUUGAACAUAAAUUAUAGCUCACUACAAUUCUCUUGUGGUUGCAUCAUUUUUUAGGUCCUUGUCAUCUAUCUUGUUUUCCAAUGAAAUCAAGGGUUAUUUGUGAUAAGGUCCUUUCUUUUAAAUCAAUAAUGUGAUAGUAUUCAACCUCACUCUUCAUUUAUUUA